AUGGCGAGUAUACAAGAGAUGAGAAAACUGGCGGAGGCCAAGCUUCAGACAAUGAUUCGCCCGAUUGUUAGACCAAAAGAACAGAAUGGUAAUGGUGAGACGAAGAAGGAAGAGGAAGAAAAGUUCGAAUCAACUUACAAGCAAAUGGAAAACCCUGAAAUUACUCCAAGCUCUUUCGGAAAGCGACCCAUUUACUCCAAGGUAGAUAUCAAUUGCGAUAAAUGGUUAAUGACGUUAGAUGAGGAGUCACGGUUGAAGAUCGAUAAUCCGCCAUCGCUAGUGGAUGGUCUUUCCAAAGAGUUAGAAGCGGAGAUUCGAUAUUUGGGCUGUGAACUGAUCCAACAAGGUGCCAUUUUACUGAAACUUCCUCAAACAGCUGCUGCCACAGGGCAAAUUUUGUUUCAGCGCUAUUUCUAUCAGAAGAGUUUUGUUAGGUACCAUUUCGAGCAUGCUGUCCAAGCUUGUCUUCUUCUCGCUUCAAAGAUUGAAGAGGAACCACGGCGACCACGUGAGGUUUACAAUGUAUUUCAUCGCCUCGAACGGUUGCAUCGAUUGCAACAAAGUGGACAAGAAAUCAACAAAGAGACAACACGUGGUAUGAAGCCUCCGGUAAUCGAUACGAACUAUAUCAACACCAAGCAACAUAUGAUCAAUUCGGAAAGAAGAAUACUCGCCACGCUUGGAUUCGUAGUCCAUGUCAAACAUCCUCAUAGAUUGAUUGUUGCUUACGGUCACACUCUUGGAAUAACGCAAUCUCGACCUGACAUUCUACAACGGUCAUGGAAUUAUAUGAAUGAUGGACUUCGUACAGAUAUUUUCAUGCGUUAUAGUCCCGAAACAAUUGCGUGUGCUUGCAUCUUCUUAGCCGCCAGGACCGUCGAAGAUCCAAUUGCUCUUCCUUCAACUCCGUUUCAUUGGUUCGAAGCGUUUGACACUUCUGAUCGAGAUGUGGAAGCCAUUGCUCUUCAACUCGUUGGUCUGUAUGCAAGAAAACGAUUUCCGAACUGGCCACGAAUCAAAGCAGAGCUGGACUCUCUGAGAAAUGCGAAGAAUGCAGAAAAGGCAGCUGUGAAAGCGAAAGAAAUAGCUGAGAAGUUGGAAAAGAUGGCUCCAGAUGACGAUAAAAUUGAAGUGUUAAAUGAAAAUAUCAACAAAAAAGAAUCGCCAGAUAGGAAGUCAGGAGAAAGAGAUCGAAGAGUUGGUGGAGAUCGCGACAAGAAAGAGAAGGACAGAAGAAGAAAAAGGUCCUAUGAACGAGACGGUAAAGCUGAUCGUCGAGACCGUGACAGGGAUCGUGGUGAACGUGGAGAUCGUGGCGACAGACGGAAAGAUGAUAAACGAGACAGACGGAAGAGAACAAGAUCGCGCAGUCGAGAUCGCAAGGAAAAAAAUAGGAACCGAGAUGUUGGAAGGAAGUACCGAAAGGAAAGCAGUUCCCCACCAAGAAUCCGACGAUAA